GCGCGCGCGUCGCCGCCACUACCCGCUGCGGAGCGAACGAGGAGGAGCGGAGGCCGCCGAGCCCCGUCGGUUCCUCCAGCACCCCCGGCCCGACGCACCCACUGCCCUCACCCCCAGGAGCCGAAAAUGGACCCAAGUGGGGUCAAAGUGCUGGAGACAGCAGAGGACAUCCAGGAGAGACGGCAGCAGGUCCUGGACAGAUACCACCGCUUCAAGGAGCUCUCGACCCUGAGGCGCCAGAAGCUUGAAGAUUCCUACCGAUUCCAGUUCUUCCAAAGAGAUGCAGAGGAACUGGAGAAAUGGAUUCAGGAGAAACUUCAGAUCGCAUCUGAUGAGAAUUAUAAAGACCCAACCAACCUGCAGGGCAAGCUGCAGAAGCAUCAAGCCUUUGAAGCCGAGGUACAGGCCAACUCGGGAGCCAUUGUGAAGCUGGAUGAAACUGGCAACCUGAUGAUCUCAGAAGGGCACUUUGCAUCCGAAACCAUCAGGACUCGUUUGACGGAGCUGCACCGCCAGUGGGAAUUACUUCUAGAGAAGAUGCGGGAGAAAGGAAUCAAGCUGCUGCAGGCCCAGAAGCUGGUGCAGUACUUGCGAGAGUGUGAGGACGUGAUGGACUGGAUCAAUGACAAGGAAGCAAUUGUGACUUCUGAGGAGCUGGGCCAGGACCUGGAGCAUGUGGAGGUUUUACAGAAGAAAUUUGAAGAGUUCCAAACAGACAUGGCUGCCCACGAAGAAAGAGUUAAUGAAGUGAACCAGUUUGCCGCCAAGCUCAUCCAGGAGCAGCACCCCGAGGAGGAGCUGAUCAAGACCAGGCAGGACGAGGUGAACGCCGCCUGGCAGCGGCUGAAGGGGCUGGCCCUCCAGAGGCAGGGGAAGCUGUUCGGGGCGGCCGAGGUUCAGCGCUUUAACAGGGACGUGGACGAGACCAUCAGCUGGAUUAAGGAGAAGGAACAGUUAAUGGCCUCUGAUGAUUUUGGCCGGGACCUGGCCAGCGUCCAGGCUCUGCUUCGGAAACACGAGGGUUUGGAGAGAGAUCUCGCUGCGCUGGAGGACAAGGUCAGAGCCCUGUGCGCCGAGGCCGACCGCCUGCAGCAGUCCCACCCUCUGAGCGCCACCCAGAUCCAGGUGAAGCGAGAGGAGCUGAUCACCAACUGGGAGCAGAUCCGUACCCUGGCCGCCGAGAGACACGCACGUCUCAACGAUUCCUACAGGCUUCAGCGCUUCCUUGCCGACUUCCGAGACCUCACCAGCUGGGUCACUGAGAUGAAAGCCCUCAUCAAUGCCGAUGAACUUGCCAACGAUGUGGCGGGGGCCGAAGCCUUGCUGGAUCGGCAUCAGGAGCACAAGGGUGAAAUCGACGCUCAUGAAGACAGCUUUAAAUCUGCAGACGAGUCUGGACAGUCCCUGCUUGCUGCUGGUCAUUACGCCUCAGAUGAAGUGAGGGAGAAGCUGACCGUCCUCUCCGAGGAGCGGGCCGCGCUCCUGGAGUUGUGGGAGCUGCGGAGGCAGCAGUACGAGCAGUGCAUGGACCUGCAGCUCUUCUACCGCGACACCGAGCAGGUGGACAACUGGAUGAGCAAACAGGAGGCUUUCCUGUUGAAUGAAGACUUGGGAGAUUCCUUGGAUAGUGUGGAAGCACUUCUCAAGAAGCACGAGGACUUUGAGAAGUCCCUCAGCGCCCAGGAGGAGAAGAUUACAGCCUUAGACGAAUUUGCCACGAAGCUAAUUCAGAACAAUCACUACGCGAUGGAAGACGUGGCUACUCGCCGAGAUGCGCUGUUGAGCCGCCGCAACGCCCUUCAUGAGAGAGCCAUGUAUCGCCGGGCCCAGCUGGCCGACUCCUUCCACUUGCAGCAGUUUUUCCGUGACUCUGACGAGCUCAAGAGCUGGGUCAAUGAGAAGAUGAAAACCGCCACGGAUGAAGCUUAUAAAGACCCGUCCAACCUGCAGGGGAAGGUACAGAAGCAUCAGGCUUUUGAAGCCGAGCUCUCGGCAAACCAGAGCCGCAUUGACGCCCUGGAGAAAGCCGGGCAGAAGCUGAUAGAUGUCAACCACUACGCCAAGGACGAGGUGGCCGCUCGAAUGAAUGAGGUCAUCAGUUUGUGGAAGAAACUGCUGGAGGCCACAGAGCUGAAAGGAAUAAAGCUCCGCGAGGCUAACCAGCAGCAGCAGUUUAAUCGCAACGUUGAGGACAUCGAACUCUGGCUGUACGAAGUGGAAGGUCACCUGGCUUCAGAUGAUUACGGCAAAGACCUUACCAACGUCCAGAACCUCCAGAAGAAGCACGCCUUGCUGGAGGCCGACGUGGCAGCACACCAGGAUCGAAUCGACGGCAUCACCAUCCAGGCCCGCCAGUUCCAGGAUGCUGGCCACUUUGAUGCUGAAAACAUCAAGAAGAAGCAGGAAGCCUUGGUGGCUCGCUACGAGGCUCUCAAGGAGCCCAUGGUUGCCCGGAAGCAGAAGCUGGCUGACUCCCUGCGUCUGCAGCAGCUCUUCCGUGACGUUGAGGAUGAGGAGACGUGGAUUCGAGAGAAAGAACCCAUUGCUGCGUCCACCAACAGAGGCAAAGAUUUAAUUGGAGUCCAGAACCUGCUAAAGAAACACCAAGCCCUACAAGCAGAAAUUGCUGGCCACGAGCCCCGCAUCAAAGCUGUUACACAGAAGGGGAACGCCAUGGUGGAGGAAGGCCAUUUCGCUGCAGAGGACGUGAAGGCCAAGCUCCAUGAGCUGAACCAGAAGUGGGAGUCGUUGAAAUCCAAGGCCUCUCAGCGGCGGCAGGACCUGGAGGACUCGCUGCAGGCCCAGCAGUACUUCGCCGACGCCAACGAGGCCGAGUCGUGGAUGCGGGAGAAGGAGCCCAUCGUGGGCAGCACCGACUACGGGAAGGACGAGGACUCGGCUGAGGCUCUGCUGAAGAAACACGAGGCCUUGAUGUCGGACCUCAGCGCCUAUGGCAGCAGCAUCCAGGCUCUGCGAGAGCAGGCCCAGUCGUGCCGGCAACAAGUGGCCCCCAUGGAUGACGAGACCGGGAAGGAGCUGGUCUUGGCGCUCUACGACUAUCAGGAGAAGAGUCCUCGAGAGGUCACCAUGAGGAAAGGGGACAUCCUCACCUUACUCAACAGCACCAACAAGGACUGGUGGAAAGUGGAAGUGAACGAUCGUCAGGGUUUCGUGCCAGCCGCGUACGUGAAGAAGCUGGACCCUGCGCAGUCGGCCUCCCGGGAGAACCUCCUGGAGGAGCAGGGCAGCAUCGCCCUGCGGCAGGAGCAGAUCGACAACCAGACGCGCGUAACUAAGGAGGCCGGCAGCGUGUCUCUGCGUAUGAAACAGGUGGAAGAACUGUACCGCUCCCUGCUGGAGCUGGGGGAGAGGCGUAAAGGCAUGUUGGAGAAGAGCUGUAAGAAGUUUAUGCUGUUCCGCGAGGCGAGUGAGCUGCAGCAGUGGAUCAACGAGAAGGAAGCGGCCCUGACGAGCGAGGAGGUGGGCGCGGACUUGGAGCAGGUCGAGGUGCUGCAGAAGAAGUUCGACGACUUCCAGAAGGAUCUCAAGGCCAAUGAGUCGCGGCUGAAGGACAUUAACAAGGUGGCCGAAGACCUGGAGUCCGAAGGUCUGAUGGCCGAGGAGGUGCAGGCAGUGCAGCAGCAGGAGGUGUAUGGCGCAAUGCCCAGGGAUGAAACUGAUUCUAAGACAGCCUCCCCAUGGAAGUCCGCUCGCCUGAUGGUUCACACCGUGGCCACCUUUAAUUCCAUCAAGGAGCUGAACGAGCGCUGGCGGUCCCUGCAGCAGCUGGCCGAGGAGCGGAGCCAGCUCCUGGGCAGCGCCCACGAAGUGCAGAGGUUCCACAGAGAUGCUGACGAAACCAAGGAGUGGAUCGAAGAGAAGAAUCAGGCUCUAAACACAGACAACUAUGGCCACGACCUGGCCAGUGUCCAGGCCCUGCAGCGCAAGCACGAGGGCUUUGAGAGGGACCUCGCGGCCCUCGGCGACAAGGUGAAUUCCCUCGGGGAGACGGCCGAGCGCCUGAUCCAGUCGCACCCCGAGUCGGCAGAGGACCUGCAGGGGAAGUGCACCGAGCUGAACCAGGCGUGGGGCAGCCUGGGCAAGCGUGCCGACGCGCGCAAGGCCAAGCUGGGCGACUCGCACGACCUGCAGCGCUUCCUCAGCGACUUCCGGGACCUCAUGUCUUGGAUCAAUGGAAUCCGAGGGUUGGUGUCCUCGGACGAGCUAGCCAAGGAUGUCACCGGAGCCGAGGCCCUGCUGGAGCGACACCAGGAACACCGGACAGAAAUUGAUGCCAGAGCUGGCACUUUCCAGGCAUUCGAGCAGUUUGGGCAGCAGCUGUUGGCUCACGGGCACUACGCCAGCCCCGAGAUCAAGGAGAAGCUGCAGAUUCUAGAUCAGGAGCGUGCAGACCUGGAGAAGGCCUGGGCCCAGCGCAGGAUGAUGUUGGAUCAGUGCCUUGAGUUGCAGCUGUUCCACCGGGACUGUGAGCAGGCUGAGAACUGGAUGGCUGCCCGGGAGGCCUUCCUGAAUACUGAAGACAAAGGGGACUCACUGGACAGCGUGGAGGCUCUGAUCAAAAAACACGAGGACUUUGACAAAGCAAUUAAUGUCCAGGAGGAGAAGAUUGCCGCCCUGCAGUCCUUUGCCGACCAGCUCAUUGCCGGCGGCCACUACGCCAAAGGUGACAUCUCCAGCCGGCGCAAUGAGGUUCUGGACAGGUGGCGACGUCUGAAAGCCCAGAUGAUUGAGAAGAGGUCAAAGCUGGGAGAAUCGCAGACCCUCCAGCAGUUCAGCCGGGAUGUGGAUGAGAUUGAGGCUUGGAUCAGCGAAAAAUUACAGACGGCAAGUGAUGAGUCGUAUAAGGAUCCCACCAACAUCCAGAGCAAGCACCAGAAGCACCAGGCCUUCGAGGCGGAGCUGCACGCCAACGCGGACCGGAUCCGCGGGGUCGUCGACAUGGGCAACUCCCUCAUCGACCGCGGGGCCUGCGCCGGCAGCGAGGACGCCGUCAAGGCCCGGCUGGCCGCCCUAGCUGACCAGUGGCAGUUCCUGGUGCAGAAGUCGGCCGAGAAGAGCCAGAAGCUGAAAGAAGCCAACAAGCAGCAGAACUUCAACACCGGCAUCAAGGACUUCGACUUCUGGCUCUCUGAGGUGGAAGCCCUGCUGGCCUCUGAGGAUUAUGGCAAAGACCUGGCUUCUGUGAACAACUUGCUGAAAAAACAUCAACUACUGGAGGCGGAUAUCUCUGCCCAUGAGGAUCGCCUGAAGGACCUGAACAGCCAGGCAGACAGCCUGAUGACCAGCAGUGCCUUCGACACCUCCCAAGUGAAGGACAAGCGGGACACCAUCAAUGGCCGUUUCCAGAAAAUCAAGAGCAUGGCGGCCUCCCGGCGAGCCAGGCUGAAUGAGUCCCACCGCCUGCACCAGUUCUUCCGGGACAUGGACGAUGAGGAGUCCUGGAUCAAGGAGAAGAAGCUGCUGGUGAGCUCGGAGGACUACGGCCGCGACCUAACGGGCGUUCAGAACCUGAGGAAGAAGCACAAACGGCUGGAGGCAGAACUGGCCGCCCACGAGCCGGCGAUCCAGGGUGUCCUGGACACUGGAAAGAAGCUGUCCGAUGACAACACCAUCGGGAAGGAGGAGAUUCAGCAGCGCCUGGCGCAGUUUGUGGAGCACUGGAAGGAGCUGAAGCAGCUGGCGGCCGCCCGGGGCCAGCGGCUAGAAGAAUCCUUGGAAUAUCAGCAGUUCGUGGCCAACGUGGAGGAGGAGGAAGCCUGGAUCCAUGAGAAGAUGACCCUGGUAGCCAGUGAAGAUUACGGAGACACUCUUGCUGCCAUUCAGGGCUUACUGAAGAAACACGAAGCCUUCGAGACAGACUUCACUGUCCACAAGGACCGGGUGAAUGAUGUCUGCACGAACGGACAAGACCUCAUUAAGAAGAACAAUCACCACGAGGAGAACAUCUCUUCAAAGAUGAAGGGCCUGAAUGGGAAAGUAUCAGACUUGGAGAAAGCUGCCGCCCAGAGGAAGGCAAAGCUCGACGAGAAUUCAGCCUUCCUUCAGUUCAACUGGAAGGCUGAUGUGGUGGAGUCCUGGAUCGGUGAAAAGGAGAACAGCUUGAAGACGGAUGAUUAUGGUCGAGAUCUGUCUUCUGUCCAGACUCUCCUUACCAAACAGGAAACCUUCGAUGCAGGCCUGCAGGCCUUCCAGCAGGAGGGCAUCGCCAACAUCACUGCCCUCAAAGACCAGCUGCUGGCCGCCAAGCACAUCCAGUCAAAGGCCAUCGAGGCCCGGCAUGCCGCCCUCAUGAAGAGGUGGAGCCAGCUUCUGGCCAACUCGGCCACCCGGAAGAAGAAGCUGCUGGAGGCUCAGAGUCACUUCCGCAAGGUGGAGGACCUCUUCCUGACCUUUGCCAAAAAGGCUUCUGCCUUCAACAGCUGGUUUGAAAAUGCAGAGGAGGACUUAACAGACCCGGUGCGCUGCAACUCCCUGGAAGAGAUCAAGGCCUUGCGCGAGGCCCACGACGCCUUCCGCUCUUCGCUUAGCUCGGCCCAGGCCGACUUCAACCAGCUGGCCGAGCUGGAUCGCCAGAUCAAGAGCUUCCGCGUGGCCUCCAACCCCUACACCUGGUUCACCAUGGAGGCCCUGGAGGAGACCUGGAGGAACCUGCAGAAGAUCAUCAAGGAGCGGGAGCUGGAGCUGCAGAAGGAGCAGCGCCGGCAGGAGGAGAACGACAAGCUGCGCCAGGAGUUCGCCCAGCACGCCAACGCCUUCCACCAGUGGAUCCAGGAGACCAGAGGAUCCCAGGAUGAGCCUUCCUGCCCGGGGCGGGCUCCACGUCCCCCGCCCCCUUCCCUGGCACGCAUGGCUCCCUGUCCCUGACGGCCUGCGGUCUGGGGAGGGGAGCCACUCCCACCUUCCUGUUCAGAUUCCAAGGGUUCUCCAGGGAGUGAGACCAGAGCUGGAGUCCAGAGCCUCUGAGAACCCCCACCCUUGUUCAGCCAUUGGGAUUAUACUGGACUCAUUUCUGCCUUUUCCCCCCAUGUGUCUGACGGGACCAUAUUUAGUCUCUAGGAGGUCAUGGGCAUGAAACAGGCUGACACUGUGGAGGGGGCUCCAGCUGGUGCACCAAGUCCCCAUCGGUGCACUGACCCCUCCUCCCCUAGUGCCCCCACUGAGGGCUGAGGCUGCCUUUUCCCUUAAUAGGAAGUGUAAGUGCCCAGGGCUUGGGAGGAGCCCCGAGAGGAGCAGGGCCAUCCUGCCCAGUCUGGGUGGGGCCUCCCCCCAGAUCGGGCACCUUUGCGUCCUCUCCUGGGACCACAUGGCUUCGACUAGCGCUCCCGAGGCCCUGCAGGCAGGUCCAUCAGGCGUUAAAGGAGGCAGCGGGAGAGGUGUGCCCACACUGCUUCGAGCACGUGCUGAAGGCAGAGUGGGGCGGGAUUUAGGGAUCGCAGGUUCAGCUUCAGCUCAUAAGCUGCCCUGGUGUCCGCUCUCCUCCCCAGUGCCCGUGGCUGUGUCUGCUGGUCUUGGUCUUGUCUCCACGAGGUGCCAUGCUCCCCUUACUGUGUGGCUCCUCCCAGCCCUGUCCCAUCUAGCCUGGUCCCCAUGUGAGCCGCCCAAGGCUGCCUGCCCUCCCAGGCCGGCCGUCGGCUCGGCCUCCGCCAGGUCCCUGCCUGGGCACCAGGCGGCCCUGCCUGUGCACUGCCAGCUUGGGCCUGUGGUGUGUGUCUGUCUCGGUAUGCUCUGGCCUCCCCUUCCUCUGGUGUAUUCAUUUGGUUUCUUUUCUUUGAAUAGCAUAGCGUAUCGUCGGGUCAUUCGUGUCUAUCAGUAUGAAGUUGGGGAUGAUCUGUCCGGAAGGUUUUUCUCCUCUUAUUUCUCUUCUUACCUCACUGUGGUUUUACCAAUGCACUCUCGACGUCCCCAGGCGGCUCUGCUUUCUGACUAACCCACCGCCCGCGGCCGCAUGGGAAGGAGGGGUCUGUCCUCCUCCCACUGCACCGGCACCCAGCCUCCUGCCCCCAGGUCCCGGGGGUGUGCUUUUCCCCGGGGGGACAUGGCGUGACUGUGAGUCUGAUCUGCUGGGGUAGGAGGAAGCCUGGUGCCUUGCCUUGCUAGAGCACUUUGAACUUGGGAUGAUUUCAGAGCUAACACUGGCUCGCUGGGUGUUAAAAGGGUAGGUUGGGGCAAAUGUGGGUACAGGGGAGGCCGGGCUAAAACCCCACCAAGGACACGUGCACAGUGUGAGUCGUCCCUGCACGUAACCUCAUCUGUCUUCGUUCACUGGUGGCCUCUGUGACCUCCCACUGUGUUAUGUCGGGAAGAUAGAGGCUCCCCAGAAGCCCCUCCACUCCUCAGAAUUUGGCCCUGGAAGGAGCCUCUGGCGCUGUGUCAGUAGAAAAUAGAACCUGACUCUGGGGCUUAGAUAUAAGUUGCCCUCCUUUAGGCAGAAUUAGAACCACUUUCAAAACCCAACCCUGGUCAUGAUCGCCUUCGCACCCCAGUUUCCAUGUCGAGGGGUCCUCUGACUGCAUCACCCUCUACUGCUGUGGCUUACCAUAGUGUGGCUCCCCUCCUGCAGGAGAUGCUGCGACUUCUAGGGGGUGGCUCUCAGCUCGCCAGCCUCCCCUCAGGUCUCCUGUCUGUUGGGUGGCAGGGUUGCACAGGCGUCCUCCUCCCCCGUGGUUGCAGAGGAAGUGUGCUGCCAGGCCUGCAGCCCUUCUCUGUUCCCAUGGGGGAACUUAAACUUGGUUCCGAGGACCUUUUGAGGGCCUAGCUUGUCACAGGCACCAUGUCACAGUCUGGCUGGGCCUGAGGAGCCAGCCACAGGAAAAAGGGUCCCAGCCAGGGAGCAGGGAGUGGGCUGGGUGGGGCUCAGCCCGGGCUUACCUGUUGGCCUUACCAGGUAGCACGCCCCAUCGGGCAACAGCUUCCCAGCCGCGAAACUGGAGAAGUGUUACCUGCCCUCCCUGGCUCCCGGGGCUGCUUAAGAGAAGAUAGCCAAUAGCAGAUAGGUUUUGUUUCCUUAAUAAAAAGAAUUCGAGACGGCAGGCACUUUUAUCUGAGGGAAGGUAAUUUCAAGCUUGCGACCAGGCCUCUUGCCUCACUGUGCUUCUGU